UAGGGGCUCGCGCACAUGACAAAGUCAUCUGUUGAAUAAUUCGGUUAACUUUAAACGAAGUUGACUUCGGACAUUUUCGAACGUAACUUCACUUUGCUCUAUCUUAACCGAUUUCUCUAGAGGUGCUUUUAUUUACCGGUCAGUGUAUUGGCGCGCAUGAACUCGACAAUUGAGACCAAGGUUAUGUUACCUUUAAUUGCUUUAUAGUGUUGUCAUUUGGGAUAAAUCGUAUGGUAAAGGUGUUUGUGAAGUAAACUCAAAGUGUUUCGGUUGCUCGUUAUUGAGAAAAAAUGUUUGGGAGUAAAAAAAAUAAUUUACCGCCGACACCUCGCCCACCCACUUCGCAGCAAAUAUUGGAAGAUUUACUCGAUACCGCUUUAGACGAUGUAGCAUUUACUGCAAUAAGUAAAGAUGACCAUCGCAAGAGUUUACAUUUUCCAAUGGAUUCCAACGAUCCCGAAGAGGUUUAUACGAGAGGAAAAUCUUGUCUCGAACUUGUGCAGAAUAUGAAAACUUUAGAUCACGAGUUGCAACAAGAAGUGAACAAUUUACAAUCCAUAAGAGAAGAGAUGAAAAUAUUGGCACAGGAUAUAAGGAAGCAAGCACAAGAUGCUUUAGAAAAGCGAUACUGAUUUUCAUCCAAUGUAUGUAUUUUUUCAUGUAUUCGGUUUAUUAGGUUCCACAACAGGUAACACGUGCCUACAUUUUUUUUUAUUAAGUCUAAGACGAUGGUUAAUGUUUGUGUAUAUACCCUGAGAGAAAAGACAUAGUUUUAAACCAAUAUGUUAUAUAUUAUAUAUAAUCUUAAAUAUCAAACAAAUUUCAUAGUUGAUGUUUCGGUUUAUUCUGUCUUGUAGUAGCUAGUAAAUUGGUUGUUAAUUUAUGGGGACAAAAUGGAAAAAGGAUGGAACUAUAAAAGUAUCGGUAAAAGUGUAAAGGUAGAUCAAUUAUAUUUUUCUAGUAAGUAUAGUAAUAUACGUCUAUUCUGCAUUAAAGGCACAUUUCAUUUUGUACAACUUGUAAAAGUAUAGGACUGGUAGUCUUCUUUUAAAGAUACCAUAAAAUCCGUCGUAAGCAUUUGUACACAUAAAAGAAACGUCACAUAUAUCUAUUAUAAAAUGCUGAUAUGCACGAUUCUUGGAAUGCAUUAUUAUAAAUUCCAAUUAGUUGACAUAUACGUAUCCAUGCAUGUACAGUCCUUAACAAGUAAUAUACUUUCAAAAUAUUAA